ACCAAUCGCACUUUAUUUUAGUCCUCAUGAGAAUUUCGAAUAAGUUGAAAAAGAUUCGAAAAAGUGUUAUAUAAAUCAAAAUCUGUAAGAAAUGAAAUUGAUUUUUUUGCUAUUCACUUUUGUGCCAUUGUUCGUCGCAAUAGAGAACGAAAUAUAUUUUGGUAAACUGUUAGAGUCGGAUUUGCCAAAAUUCUGUUUUCAUGCAUCUAUUUUACUUGAAGAAGGAGAUACUCGUUGCAACGGAGCAAUAAUCUCUUCCACGCAAAUUCUAACUUCCUUCAAAUGUGUAAGAUAUUGGGAUUAUCAUACUAGAUAUGAGUCAAAAAAUAUAUCGGUGCGAGUCGGUUCAAUAGAACGAUUUAAUGGGGGAAUUGUUAGACAAGUAGCCAGUUUUAAACACUUACCCUAUCCACUUAAUGAUCAUAUAGCAGAAAGCGAUUGGUACAAAGAAAGCACUCGAAUUGAGUUUGAAGAUUUGGCAAAACUUGAUUUGAUUGUGUUUACACUCAAAGAUCCAUUGCCAUUGGGUCCAACAAUUUGCCCAAUUCGUUUGGCUGAAAAGGAAGACGAUAUUUAUGUAAAAAUUGGAACUAGCGUUGAAAUUGUUGGCUGUAGUACACUCAAAAGAGAAACAAUAGAAACCAGGGAGUUGCAUUCGAUAAAAGAAACUAUAUCCAAUGUCACUGAAAAAUGUCCCCAAUUCUUUUUUCCUAGAACGGGCAUCUAUAAGGAGGAGGGAGCUCCGUUGAUUGUUAGAAGAAAAAACAAUUUAUUUCCCAAGGGAGAACCAUUACUAUUAGGAAUAGUAUCAGACGGUGAUUCAUUUUACUUUUCGUACAACGGAGUUGUGAAAAUUUCAGCAUUUUCCGGAUAUAUAAUGGGAAACAAAACGAUGCCUGAUGGUAGAUGCUGAAAAACUCAUUCAAGGAUUAACUCGAAUGAAUAUUUUUUGUACACAAUAGUACUACUUCGAUUUAAAGCUAUG